AUGGGAAGGAGUUUUUUGUCCAUAAAAUUUAUUAUUAUUAAUAACAUUGUCCUAUCUAUCUAUCUAUCUAUCUAUCUAUCUAUCUAUCUAUCUAUCUAUCUAUCUCAGUCUGUUCAAUCUAUCUAUCUAUCUAUCUAUCUAUCUAUCUAUCUAUCUAUCUAUCUAUUUCACAGUCAUUUUUCUGUCUCAUUCUAUCUAUCUAUCUAUCUAUCUAUCUAUCUAUCUAUCUAUCUAUCUAUCUCAUAUCUAUCUCAGUCUGAUAAUAUCUAUCUCAGUUUUUUUCAUUAUCUAUGUGCCUAUCUCAAUCUAAUAAUAUCUAUCUAUCUAUCUAUCUAUCUAUCUAUCUAUCUAUCUAUCUCAGCCUGUUCAUAUCCGUCUAUCUUAGCUUGUCCAUAUCUAUCUAUCUAUCUCUAUCUAUCUAUCUAUCUAUCUAUCUAUCUAUCUCACCUGUUCUAUCCAUCUAUCUCAGACUGUUCAUAUCCAUCUAUCUCAGAUUAUCUAUCUAUCUAUCUAUCUAUCUAUCUAUCUAUCUAUCUAUCUAUCUCCAGACUGUUCAUUCUAUCUCCCAGUCUCAUCAAUCUAUCUAUCUAUCUAUCUAUCUAUCUAUCUAUCUAUCUAUCUAUCUAUCUCAGGUUUUUCAUUAUCUAUCUCAAUCUCAUAUCUUUCUACAUCUUGCAAUAUCUGUCCAUCUAUUAUUUAUCUCCAACUAUUUACAUUCAUCAAUGUAUCUGUUUCAUUUUAUUAAUAUCUGACUGUUUUCCUUCUAUCUAUCUAUCUAUCUAUCUAUCUAUCUAUCUAUCUAUGUUUCUACGAGGCAUACAACAAUAUCCAACGACAACUGCGGCGAUUUUACAAGCAAUCUCUCUCUCUCUCUCUCUCUCUCUCUCUCUCUCUCUCUCUCUCUCUCUGAAGUACUUAAGUAAACCAUAA